AUGACUAGAGACCAGAGUCAUGAUGAGACUUGUGACAGCGGUGGUGUGGCACCUUGGUUAGAACUUAACCAUGAUUUGCUUUAUUUAGUUUUGAUGCGACUGGGAGUUGUUGAUUUUGUUGCAUUCAGUGGAGUUUGUAAGUCAUGGAGGUCAUUUGCACUCUCCAACUGGAAUAUGUUUAUGGCAUCCAAACCACCCUUGUCCAUGAGUACAUCUACUAAUGUUAACGAGAGAGAAGAGCGUUACCUCUAUCUAGAGGACUUUGAUGGAAGAAAGUUCAAAACCAUUCUUCCCCGUUUGGUUGGCCGGGAUUUUGUUGGGUUAAGUUGUGGUUACUUGGCGUUUUAUGGGUAUGCAACGCAUGACUUUUGGCUUGUGAAUCCAAUCACAAGGCAUCAGCUUCAUUUCCCUGAUGUCCACUUUGAAGUCUAUACUUAUGACGAGUUAGCAAUCAAGCUUAUUCUUGUCUUUUCACCUUCAAUACCUGGGUGGGUAUUGGCUGUGGAAAAUGGACUCGACCGUAAAAUAUGGACCUCAAUAGCAGGUAAAGGAGCAUGGAAUCUUGUCUCCUCCCCUUUCCAGAUUAUUGAUUUUCAUGCUUUCAAGGGGAAGUAUUAUGAUUUCAAGGCACCGGUUAACAAGCAACAAAGCUCCAAAGUUUCAGAUAUAAUAUCUGAAAAUAAAGAAGAUGUUUCCGCUGAAGAAGUGGAUGAAGAAGUCGAUGAUGCAUAUCAAGAAGGUGUUGAUGAGGGGGAGCUUCCACCCCUGGAUAAUUCAGAUCCACUGCCAGAAGUUGCAAACGAAGGAACUCAAGUUAGACGAUCUGAACGAGUACGUGCUCCAUCAACAAGAUAUCCGACUUCAAACUACAUCCUUCUUACUAGUGAGGGGGAGCCAGAGAGUUUUCAAGAAGCUCAAUCUCAUAUUGACAAAGCAAAUUGGCAGAAGGCCAUGGAAGAAGAAAUGAAUUCUUUGUAG